GUAGGGGUCGCGGCACGACUGAUGAUAACCAUUGGUGCUGCUGAUAUUGUUGUGGGGGGAUAGAGGAAUUGGUUGCUGUUGUCAAAAAAGGAGUGGAGUCGAAAGGUUGGCGAGGAUGAUGAUAAGCUACCUGAAGAUACUAUCAUUGGUAUUGAUGGUACCAGAGGUGUUAGACUUUGACUUGCAGUGUCCUGGAUCUGGGCAUUGGAAAUAUCGUUCUGAAGCAAUAGGUUGCUCCAAUUCAAUUACAUAUUAUUGUUUGUUUUACAUUUUGAAUGAAGAAUAUACUGAAAAUUGCACAGGUCCAGACUUUGACCAAGAAGGAUUAAGACGUGUACUUAGACCUGGAUUCGAUUCGGAACCUUGUUCAUCAAAUCGAUACCAGCCCUUUCCAUUCAACACAACUGGACACAGUGUUUGUGUAUAUGAUAAGUCAGUCUGUUCAGAGGAGGGGCAGAUAGCAUACGACACAGAGACGACAACCAAUGAUCGAACCUGUCGUUGUGACUACACAAAAGGUUAUGCCUUUGUUACCAGACCAAGAUGUUCUUGUAAGCCUUCAGAGGAAGAUUGUUCUUGCUAUCUUGUCCAUUGUGACAAUGAUUCUUUUUUAUCAGCAGAUUAUCAGUGUAUUACAAAAGAGAAGGAUACAAGAGACACUGUUUGUCCUAAAAUAAAGUUGAAAAAGGUAAAUAAUACGAAUAAUAAGCGGUCUGGUUUACAUGUACAGUUAAAAGGUUAUUUCAAACGAGAUACACCGAAAAUCCCAGUUAUGGUAUUCUGGAUAUUAAUUCUAGCAUUACCAUUUAUGAUAUUGGGAAUGGAGAGAAUAAAAGGAUGUUUGAUGGAAGAUAUGAUAGUAAAUAAACUGGAAGACGUACACUGCAUAGAGGGCCAGACUUGUGUAUUUACUUGCGAGAUAAGAAGAUCAAAAAUAAAAGUCCUAUGGUUCAAAGAUGGCUGUCCUCUUCAAGAUAUUCCCAAAUGCGUUAUUAUUGAGUCUAAGGAAAAAGGACAUUCCCUUACAAUAAUGAAUACUACACAGGAUAACAACGGAUUGUAUUCCAUUGCAGUAAAAAACAAAAAAUCUGAAGCUCGUCUCAUUGUUCGUGGAGUUGAAGCAACUUCUGAAGAGGUAAACUAUCUACGAUUGGUUCAUCUAAUGCUUAGAAUAGCGACUCCUGCAGUAAGAGAAGUUUUCAACAGUGAAUUUGAUCCUGAAUUUUUGAAACGCGGCAAAAUCUUUAAAAGAAACCAAUUUAAACAUUUUAUUGAACAAAACAACAUUAGUGAAAAGGAAGUCGAUCUCAUUCUACCUUUUAAACGAAAUCCUUACCCAUCAUCAGAAAAAUUUGGCCUCAGACUUAUGAUAUUUCUUAUCAGAAAUUUUACCCAGAUUGACAUAGUAGAUAUUCUUCCAAAAGAAAGGAAUGAGAGUAUAGGUGCUGACUUAUCCAGACUGAAGUAUUAUCGGAAUAAAGUUAUACAUAACCAUGGGAGUUUCUCUGAAAAUGAAUUUACUAGUUACUGGAAUGAUAUCUGCCAGGUUGUCGUAAGGCUACGUAAAAUUACAGAAGAGAACUCCCAAGAUGCAAUAGAUGAAAACGAUCCCUUGGCGAAGAAAAUACUUGCAUCAAUAGUCAAAGAUUCUGAAGUAGGAAGAAACAGCGUUCCACAAACUAUCACAACAGACGAGUCUAUGUAUCUGCGUAUUGUCCACUUGCUGCACAGAGAGGCUUGUCCGGUUGUUAGGGUAAAAUUUGAUGUUGUAUUUCCACCACUUGAUCUGAAAAGAAUUCUUAUAGAAAAACAGGGGAUUUUAUAUGAUGAAAAAGUACGGAAAAUAACUACUGCACACUGGGAUCUUAUGUAUCCGAAAACAGGGCUUCCAAAAUCCACAAAUUUUAGUUUGCAAUUGAUGACUCAGUUGAUGUGGAUUGCCCGCAAAGGGGACGAAACAUUAUCUCGAACAGAAUGGCGUGCAAUAGAAGAUCUUGAAAAAUAUGUAUAUAAAAUAGGACAAAGUGAAGGCUGUCUGGACUCUGUAAAAUUUGAGAAAUACUGGAAUGAAAUUGUAAAGAUUGUAGGUAUUAUUGGUGGACAAAAUUUUAAACGAAGUACAGCAUAUUUACACGCGACAAGAUAAAAAUUAGGGAAUGACAACAGUGUGUUAAUUACUUGUCUGAAGGAUUGUGUGUGGAUUGAAAGAGACCUUAUUUACAAGAUAUCUAUUGUAUUUUAUCAUCUAUAAAGACGUUAUUCCUUCUUUUGCGUAGAUAUGUUAUUUGUGAUGUAUAACGGCGUAAGUCCUGACUGAUCAUUUAAUUUUAAAAUUGUAUAUGAAUAUAGAUGAUAUUUCAUUUACAAACAUUGUGUGUGUAAUAAAAACAAACACUUAUAAAUUCGAUGUGUCCGGGAUCCGAAGCAGUGAAACUGGUUGUACAGUUAAUAUGUGAUGUGACGGUGUUUCGUAUAUAUUUUUUUUUCUAAAUUGAUACCCUUGCUGACAUUUGAUUUGUUAAUUUAUAUACUUGGCCAAUCUACUGAUUGUUAAACGUG